AUGUUGACGGUGUUGACAGCUUCGUCAGUUCUGCAGACAACUCACCAGAAACACAAACUACCCUCAGACCCACAGCCUCCCUCCAGGCCCACAACAAGCCCCCUCCCCCAGACCCACAACAACCACACCAGACCCACAGCAACCCUAACCAGACCCAUAUCAACCCCACAAAAACCCAAAAUAACCCUCGAGACCCACAUCAAGCCUCCCCAGAUCCACAACAACCCCUCCAGACCCACAACAACCCCUCCAGACCCACAACAACCCCCCAGACCCAACAACCCUCCAGACCCACAACAACCUCCAGACCCAUACCAACCCCCAGACCCAAAACAACCCUCCAGACCCACCAAGCCUCCCCAGACCCACAACAACCCCCCAGACCCACAACAACCCCACCAGACCCAACAACCCUCCAGACCCACAACAACCCCUACCAGACCCAUCAACCCCACAAAGACCCAAACAACCCUCCAGACCCACAUCAAGCCUCCCCAGACCCACAACAACCCCUCCAGACCCACAACAACCCCACCAGACCCACAACAACCCUCCAGACCCACAACAACCCCACAAAGACCCAUAACAAGCUCACCAGACCCACAACAACCCUCCAGACCCACAACUCCUCCAGACCCACAACAACCCCUUCAGACCCACAACAACCCUCAGACCCACAACAAUCCCUUCAGACCCACAACAACCCUUCAGACUCACAAACCCCUCAGACCCAAACAACCCCUCCAGACCCACAACAACCCUCCAGACCCACAACAACCCCCUCCAGACUCACAACAACCCUCCAGACCCACAACAACCCCACCAGACCCACAACAACCCUCCAGACCCACAACAACCCCUCCAGACCCACAACAACCCUCCAGACCCACAACAUCCUCCAGACCCAACAACCUCCAGACCCACAGCAACCCCUCCAGACCCACAACCUCCUCCAGACCCACAACAACCCCUCCAGACCCACAACCCAACCCCUCCAGACCCACAACAACCCCCCAGACCCACAACCAACCCCUCCAGACCCACAACAACCCCUCUAGACCCACAACAACCCUCCAGACCCACAACAACCCCUCCAGACCCACAACAUCCCCUCCAGACCCACCUUCCCUCCAGACUCUCCUCCUGACCCACAACUCCCCAGAUCCCCACCCGAGCCACAAACAAGCCACCCAGGUGACUUAA